GCCUCACAGUGGUGGCACCAGACUGCGCCGUGUUCCCGUUACGGCGCCGAGCGUGCUCAUUAACUCAACUCAAAACAUUCGUCGGCACGUGUGAAGUACGGAGACGCAGCGUCGCGCGUGAGUGUCACGUGUCACUACUGCCGUGGCUGCAAAACACGUGCAAAAAGUUGUGGCAGCUAACUUGCGCUACUUUCACACAGGCUACGCGUGCAGCACAUGUUGAAAACACGAGGACGCUGACCCCUUAAUGGCUUUGCUGAAUGCCCUCAGAGCUGUCAGAUGCUACCUGAGUCCCCUCUCAACGUCUAAAUCAUGGCUCUCUACAAAGGCCUCCUUGCUGGGGGACAAGAACAUCCUGCUCAUGGGCGCUCCUGGUGCAGGGAAGACCACAGUGGGGAGGAUAGUGGCCCGCCGACUGGGUCUGCCCUUCAUUGACGUCGACGACGACGUCUUGGAGGCGGCGUGGAAGAUGCCCGUGGCGGCCAAGCUGUCGGCGGUCGGCGGAGAGUGUUUCCUGGAGGAAGAGGGCCAGGCCCUGUGCGGCUUCUCUGCCUCCGGGUGUGUCGUUUCCCUCACGGGCUCGAACCCCCUCCACGCUGCAGCGAUGCGUCGCCUCAAAGAGUCCGGAGUGGUCGUCUACCUGGACGUGGACGGCGAGGACAUCAUGCGGAGACUCGCCGGGAUGAAGGUGAACCGGAUUGUGGGCCAGGAGGCCGGGGAGUCCAUGAGGGACAUUCUGCGACACAGGAAACCGUUUUACGAGAAGUGGCUUGACGUGCGGGUGCUGUGCGGAAGAGGGGCCGCGGCGGAGGAAGUGGCGGAGAGGGUGCUGGACGCCGUCGAGAGAUAUCGCGACCGCGCCGCGGACACCUUCGUGUCCACCAGGAGUGCCGGCGUGGCAUCUUCCGAUCCGAAGACGCACUUCAGUGACGUGGUAAUCGAGGGUCUCGCCACGGACGGAGGCCUCUACGUUCCCAAAAGAGGCUUCCCGAACAUGGAAGCUCGUGAGUGGCUGAGACUGGUUGACAUGUCGUACCCAGAACGAGCCUUGGUGCUCCUGGAAAAGUGCAUCCACCCGUCGGAUGUCUCCGCGUUGGACCUGAGAACAAUGAUCUUCAAGGCGUACGGGUCCAACUUCUCCAGUGAGGCGGUAGCACCGGUGAAGCACCUCGACCGCAACCAGUACGUCCAGGAGCUUUUUCACGGCCCCACCGCCUCAUUUAAAGACCUCGCCUUGCAGCUGAUGCCCCAGCUCUUCGCCCACUGCCUCCCGCAGAUGUGCAACUACCUCGUCCUGGUGGCCACCUCCGGGGACACGGGAAGCGCGGUGCUCGACGGCUUCGGCGGCCUCGGCGCCGGCGCCGACAGGACCGGGGUGCUGGUGUUCUUCCCGGAGGAAGGCGUGAGCGAGACCCAGAAGCUCCAGAUGACGGGCCACGAGGAUGGCAACGCCAGGGCCGUCGGCGUGCGGUCCGACUUUGACUUCUGUCAGAGAAGCGUGAAGAGGAUGUUCGGAGAGUCGGGGCUGACCGGGCACCUCGCCGUAGAGUACGGCACGGUCCUCAGCACCGCCAACUCCAUCAACUGGGCGAGGCUGCUGCCGCAGGUGGUGUACCAUUCCUCCGCCUAUCUGGAUCUAUGUAGAGACGGCGUCAUCACGUUCGGGGAGCCCGUUGACGUUUGCAUCCCCUCGGGGAACUUCGGCAACGCCAUGUCAGCCGUGUACGCCAAGCAGAUGGGCGUCCCGAUAAGAAAAGUCAUCUGCGCGUCCAACCACAACCGCGUCCUCGCGGACUUCUUCGCCACGGGCGAGUACGAUCUGCGGGGGCGGCCCCUGACGCCCUCCCGUUCCCCGGCUAUCGACAUCCUGAAAUCCUCCAACCUCGAGAGGUUCGUCCACCACGUCUCGGACGGAGACGGCCGCCUCGUCGGGGAGCUGUUCACGCGCUUGGACGCGCGGCAGCACUUCCGGGUUGCCGAGCCGCUCCUCCGCCGGAUGCAGCAGGAGGUGCUGGCCGGCUGGUGUUCUGAAGGCGACUGCCUGGCCGCCGUCCAGAGGGUCCACGCGCAGACGGGCUACCUCAUGGACCCGCACACCGCCGUGGCCAAAGUGGUGGCCGACAGGCUGCAGGACGGCUCGUGCCCCGUGGUGCUUUGCGCCACCGCCCACUACGGGAAGUUCGCCCCCGCCGUGUUUGAGGCCCUGCGAAUCCAAGACAUCCCAGAGGACCCCGUCGAGCAGCUGAGGCGGCUCGCGUCGACCGCGUCCGCACCCGCGGCGCACGGAGGCGUGAUGAAAUGCCUGGAGGAGAGAGGCAGGGCGGGGCACGCCGUAUGUCGGGCAGAUUACGCCCUGUUGGUCGAAGAGGUGGAGCGCAUGAUCCAGGACUCCUUCUUGAGAGUGGUGUAGGAUUAUGUCAAAUUUAUGAAAUGGCAGAACAACAAAUCAUGUGGAAAAUGGCGCAAGAUAUAUAUUUUUUUUAAUCGAAAACUGAAGAAAAUUUACCAGUUUUAAGCAGGAAGUGUCAUAAGAUUGAUUUGAAAACACAUAAUUCAAUACUUGCAGGAUUGGUUAUUCUAUAAUAAAGCUCUAAACUCAAUUUAAACAUAUUGAUUAUGCAACAUUUCUCUCCAUCAUUACCCAGAGCCCCGGCCCACUAGAUGGGGAUGUCUACCUCUUGGCCUCUGCCGUGUGGACACACUGGUGCAGGCGGUAACAAUAAAUGUGUAUUGCUGUUGCGGAGGGAUUAAUUACCGGCAUAGUCAGAGGGUGAUGACAAAUCAAUAUCUGGGGG